CAAAAAUUCGCAAAAACUUAGGGUGCAGAACUGCAGACUUUUGUUUGUUUUGCGCUAAAUGAUGUUUUUAUGACUAAAAGUUGCGAAAAUGCUUAAACGGGUGCAAUAUUGUAGCACAGUAUUCUUUUUAUUAACGUUAGUUUAUAUAACUAGGAUAGUUUUAAGUGAGAUAUUCGAAAAUGGGAGCUCUGAGGUCGACGAAUGGCUGGAACAGAAUGAACUCGGCGACUACAAGAAAUUAUUUAAAGAACUUGGAAUAUCGACGCUAUCAGGGUGCGCGUCACCAGAAAACAUGGAGAGAUUGCCGGAACUGCCCGCAUCGGAGGAAAGGAGACUACGGCGGGCGGCGCAUGUGUUGCAGCAGAGGCUCGUGUUGCGGCAGUGGCUGGCCACGCACAAGCUACAGCACGCAUAUUCUAAACUUCUCAGCUUGGACGUUUCCUCCUUAGAAGAUGUUUACUGGUUGGAAGAUACAACAGCUAGACAUGUGAUAGAUCCAAAGGAUUUCAACGCCUGGUCAGCGGCAAGACAGAGUCUGCCCACCGGCAAAGAAGCGCUCCAGUCUCUCAAGUCGGACUUGUGGAGUGCAGUCGUGAAGAGCAGCAAGCACCAAGACGCUUGGACUUGGGGUGGAAUGCUAGUCGUAUCCAUAUCAGUAUGUGGCCUGGUCACGUUGGCCGCCAUGACGCAGCCGUCGCUGGCCCCCGAGGCCAAACACUCCCUGCUGCAAUACGUCACCGGGAAAUAUCUACACCCGCCGAGUUGUAAGGUCGAAUGGGGUUGGGAGGAGCCCCAAGCGGUAGGUGACACCAUGUGCUUCACGGUGUUCUGCUUUCAACGGAAUGGUCAGCCCUACCCCAUCUGCGACACCGACGAACUGGUGGUUAACAUCUCGCAUGGAACUAGGAAGGUAGCAGCGGUGGUGGAUCUCGGCUCGGGCGACCCUGCGAAGGCCAACACUGCUCGCGUCAAGUUCACCGUCCGAACGGCCGGCGUCUACAUUAUUAAUAUUUUAAUCGGCGGCCAGGCGGGCGCCGGCGGCCCGUUCCGCAAGUGGUUCCUGGCGGGGCGGCCGGAGGCGCGGCGCUCGCGCGUGGGCCGCGCGCUGGCGGCGCUCGUGUGCACGGCGCAGCGCGCGCGCCGCCUGCACGUGCUGCCGCGCGACCGCUUCGACAACCCCGCCACGCUCGACCGCCCCGCCGACCAGGGCUUCUCCGUCGAGAUCGGGCCGCUGGGCGGCGCGCCGGACCCCUCGCUGAGCGCGGCGGCGUCCUUCGAGUACGACGCGGUGAACCAGCGCGUGAGCGUGUCGCUGUGCUUCCCGAGCCCCGGCGUGUUCCGCGCCGCCAUGUACUACGAGGGCGUGCUGCUGCACAACGGGGAGUUCGACUGCAUUGUCCUGACGGCCAGCGACACGGCGUCGGUGCAGCGACAGUUGAGUGGGCGGCGCGGCGCCGCCUUCGAGGCGCGGCUGGUGGGCGGGCGGGCGCGCCGCGUGCUGUGCUGUCUGAGCGCCAAGCAGCUGCUGGUGAAGGACUACAUCUUGCGGUUCAUCCCGAAGCGGAUAACUUCGUUCCGGCUGUGCCCUUCUACGAGGUUGCAGCUGGCAGCGCGUGCGGGUUCGGGUCCGGCUGGGGAACUGACGUUGGAUGAUGGAGUGCAGCCCGCGUUGAGGCUCUGGAGUGCCGAGAGGGAUCUCCUGGCCGCCGCUUUCACACAGCUGCUGCUGGCCAACUGCGGGGGCGAAGACGGCUUCAAGAACAAACAGGACUUCUUCUACAGCGAAGUGCGCAAGGCGCACGCGCGCCACGCCCACGACAAGAUCGCGCUGAGAGUGAACCGAGCCGACCUCGUGCGCUCCAGCUACCGCGCCACGAGGCACUUCGCGCUCGCCGACUGGUGCCGCAACUUCGACGUGAGCUUCCAGGGCGAGCAGGGCGUGGACUGGGGGGGCGUGCGGCGCGAGUGGUUCUCCCAGCUGUGCGCGCAGCUGUUCGACCGCAAGUUCGGGCUGUUCGUGUCGUGCCAGGACUCGCCCGCCGGCCUCGUGCACCCCAACCCGGACCGCCCGCCGCACCUCAAGCUGAAACACUUCGAGUUCGCGGGCAAGAUCGUGGGCAAGUGCCUGUACGAGAGCGCGCUGGGCGGCGCCUACCGCCAGCUCGUGCGCGCCCGCCUGGCGCGCUCCUUCCUGGCGCAGAUCAUCGGCCUGCGCGUGCACUACAAGUACUUCGAACAAGACGAUCCGGAGUUGUAUUUGUCCAAAAUUAAAUACAUCCUGGAGACGGACCUCGACGCGUCGGACUCCGUGCCCGAGAUCUACUUCGCGGACGACGUGUACGACUCGUCGGGGAAGUUCAUCGAGACGCGGGACCUCGUUCCCAAUGGCUCUACGAUAAGGGUGGUCAACGCCAACAAGCUGCAGUACCUGGACGCGCUGGCGCAGUGGCGGCUGGCGGCGCGGCGGCGCGGCGAGACCGACGCCUUCCUGCGCGGCCUGGCGCUGCUGGUGCCGCCGCACCUGCUGGCCGUGUUCGACGAGAACGAGCUGGAGCUGCUGGCGUGCGGCACGGACGAGCUCAGCGUGGCCGACUGGCGCGCGCACGCGCUGCUGGCCGGCGCCGGCCGCGACUGGCAGCGCCGCGUGGCCUGGCUGUGGGCCGCCGUGGGCUCCUUCAGCGCCGAGGAGCGCGCGCGCCUGCUGCAGUUCACCACGGGCUGCGCGCAGCUGCCGCCCGGCGGCUUCCAGGAGCUGGACCCGCGCUUCCAGAUCACGGCGGCGCCGACGUUCGGCGCGCUGCCCACGGCGCACACGUGCUUCAACCAGCUGUGCCUGCCCGACUACGACUCCUACGAGCAGCUGGUGCGCGCGCUGCUGUGGGCCAUCAACGAGGGCGGCGAGGGCUUCGGCAUGAUCUAG